UCGCUUCUUUCAAUUUUAUAUUGUUUGUUUUUAUUUUUUUUUACCUAAGCUAAUCUUGUACUGUAUUUAUUGUUUUUUAUAACAACUUUCAAUGCAAUAAUAUUAAUUUAACUUAAAAUGACUGCUGCAAAAGUUUGUAGGGUUUGUUUACAAAUGGGUGUUAAUUUGUUAAAGCUGCACUCCGGGUCUUUGGAUCAUUUUUAUGAAAUAAUAACUGGAAUAUGUGUAGAACAGCUAAAGUUGCCAAUGUAUGCGUGCCAAGAGUGUGCUUUGUUAUUGAAGAAGUAUUAUUACUUUAGGCAAAAAUGUAUGAGAGCCCUUAUGGUUUUAAAAAGUAUUCUUCAUUACCAAGAAGAGAUAACUGAAAGAGAUAUAUUAAAAAUUGAUAGAGAAGCCAUACUAUUAAAUACUACUCUGUCACUUUCCACAAAUGUUUGUGACAUAGAUAUUGAUCCCACUAAGAAUAACAUUCAAAAUGAUGAGGUGGAAAUAAAGACAUUUCCUAAUGUUCCUUUGGAUAAUUUGUUCUUUGAUAUGGAUCCGUUUAAUACUGGACCAGAUAAAGAGUGGCCAAGCGACGAUGAUUUUAUUGGUACAAAAGAUGAUUCUGAAGAUGAUUUAAUUGCCUUAAGCAAGCUUGGUGUUGUUAAAGUGGAAUCAAAAUCAACUGAAAAGCAGAAAACUCCUUUGAGGAGACCUAGAAAAACUUUAAAAAAAGAAAAGCCAGUAGUCUCAAUAUCAAAACAGCAUAAAAUAAGAAUAAGAAAGGGAAAAGGUUUUAUUACUCCACAGGACAUCAAUUUGCCUAAAGACAUUGAUUUAAAGUUUGACGAUAAUUUUACAGUUGCAGAGACAACAAAAGAAGAGCAAAUGGAGGAAAUAAAAAAGCGCCAAGAUUCAGAACGUUUCCGCAAAGCUGAGUUCAAGUGUGAAAUGUGUUACAAAUGCUUCAGUAAUGAUAAACUCUGGCAAAUGCACAAGGAACGACACGAUCUUUCAGCAGGUGAGGCUGAGUGCGAGAUUUGCAAACUGCGAUUCAGUCGGGCGGCUCUCAAACGGCAUAUGUAUUCCGUUCAUAGCAAGAAAUAUCUUUGUAAACAGUGCCCUUUUAUCGCUUCUACAUUCAAUCGCGCUAAGCAGCAUAUGUUACAACACAAGGGUGUGAAAUACAAGUGUCCGCACUGUGAUGAAGUUACUAAUAAUUUAAACGCAAUCCUUGGUCACGUACGCAAACGUCACGCGUCGGACAUUCUGUGCGGUUUUUGCGGACUGCCUUUUGUCUCACGAAUGGGACUCAUUCGGCAUAAGGCGUUGAUGCACAGAGACCGAGAUGAGAUAACAGAGAUAGAGGACAAUCCGGAAGCGCCCCACUGUGGCGAGUGUGAUAUGAAGUUCGCGAAUGAGGAGGCGUUUAAAAGGCAUCACCUCACGGCCAGAAAACAUAAGGAUGCUACGAAAAAUACGAUUGGAUGCCGCGAAUGUGGGGAGACGUUCGCGAAUAAGAAGGAUCGUCGUGAACACAGUUCUAUUUACCACAAACGAACACAUGUGUCAAAACCCACACCUGCCGAAUGGCCUAACAAAUGUCCCCUUUGUUCGGAAGUGAUAACUAGUGCGCGCUCGUUGUGGGCCCACUUUCGCAUGAACCAUCCCUACGAGGAGUACCCGCGAGAGAGACCCUUUAUCUGUGACGUCUGUGGAAUGCGAAUGCGGUACAAAAAAGGCUUAGAAGCCCACAUGUACACACACUUAAAAGAAAAACCAUUCAAAUGCCUCCGAUGCGGUAAGGGAUUCAACAGUGCGGGAAAUCUUGCAACGCAUCAUGGUUCUGUGCAUUCCGAUCUUCGUCCGUAUGUGUGUACUGUUUGCAAUCGGGCAUUUAAGAAGAAGAAUACCUUGAGGUGUCACUUUAUGACGCACACUGGCGAGAAACCCUACCGGUGUGAGAUCUGUGGUCACGCGUUCACUCAAUCCAACAGCUGCAAGAGCCACAUAAGGAAAGUGCAUGGAGAACAACCGCCCAAGAUUGUCUCACGCAAUAACUACUCCAACUAAAUAUCCUAAGCUAGUGUAAUCACGCGAUGGAGACUCGCUGUGGACGCCCUCUGCCCCACCUAGGGGUUAUAGGACAUGAGAGAGAGAGAGAGAGAGAGAGAGAGAGAGUGUGUAAUCACAAUCAAUCACACACAGGAUAUUAAUAAAAACUAACCAGAACUGUCACUUUGAUAGUUCUGAUUGAUGCUCUGUGGAAGCUAAAUAUUGUACCAUAUUCAAAAUGUAAAAAAAAGACAUAAUUGUGGGUUUGAUUAUGUUCGAGCAACCUAAGGGGGGACGUAUAAUUUCACGUUAUGUUGUCGCUUGUGAAGCGAACAGAUUAAUGUUCAUGUUUCCGUUUUUAUAUAUAUUUAUAAACGAUAAAAACGCACAAAACAGUUAUUUAAAAUCGAUUAACCCAUUGUGGAGAAGUUUGAUUACAGACACUGUGACACGAGAAUUCAAUAAAUUUAAUAUUGUUUCACGAAAAAUUACGCGUUCAAAUUCUUUUUCUAGCAACGCACUCGCGAGCUCUAUGGCAUUGAGUGUCCAUGGGCGUUAUUACUUAAACGGAUGAGCCUCUUACUUGUUUGCCCCUGUUCUUUAAAACUACCCUCAAAAACUGAUGAUUACGUCAUAUCGAAGAAACCCUAAUUUCUGUAGCAUUUAUGUAGUACAAAACUGUAUUGAAAUAAGAAAGACUUUUAAAUGAAAAUAAAGUUGUAUUCAUAGAAAAAUUGAAACUAGAGAUAAUUUUGUGUAAUGAUAUAUUAGUCUAUAUUUACAAACCACCUUUAUACACUACAAUACUCAAACUUA